CCAUCAGCUUCCUCCGCUCCACUCUCCUCAGCUCCUGGUCCCUGCCUGCCUGCCUGCCUGCCUGCAAGAUGUCCUGCUCCAGCCUGUGUGCUCCCUGCGGGGUGGCCGCCCCGGCCCCGCUGGCCGACACCUGCAACGAGCCCUGCGUGCGGCAGUGCCCUGACUCCACGGUGCUGAUCCAGCCCCCAGCCACGGUGGUCACCUUCCCUGGGCCCAUCAUGAGCAACUUCCCCCAGUACAGCGCCGUGGGCUCGGCAGGAGCCCCUGGGGUUGGGGGAGGCUACGGUGGCACUUUUGGGGGCUACGGAGGCUACGGAGGCCUUGGUGGCUAUGGAGGCUAUGGUGGCUCCUGGGGCUACGGAGGCCUUGGUGGCUAUGGAGGUUAUGGAGGCCUUGGUGGCUACUGGGGCUAUGGAGGCCUUGGUGGCUAUGGAGGCUAUGGAGGCUUUGGUGGCUGUGGGGGCUAUGGAGGCUACGGAGGCUUCGGGGGCUACGGCUACGGGGGCUGGCGCCGAGGCCACCGCUACCUGAAUGGCAACUGUGGGCCCUGUUGAGCCCCACGCUGCUGCCAGCCAUGGAUGAAGACCUCCAGAGAUGCCCCUGGCACGUCCCAGCUCGACCCCCCAAGGAAGGAUCCCCUGCAGCACUGCCCUGCUCCAGGGGUCUGCUGCUCGCCUUGGGCCCAGCUCUGCCUUUCCCAUCUGCAUCUCAGCU